AUGCCCCCGGCCAACUCCUACCAGUACUGCCUCACUGUCGUGGACCGUUUCACACGAUGGCCUGAAGUUUGGCCCCUGAAACGGAACACCGCCGAGGACGUCGCGGAGGCCCUGCUCAACUGCUGGAUAUCCCGGUUCGGCGCGCCGACAUGCAUCACCACGGACCAAGGCAGAGAGUUCGAAUCCGCCCUCUUCCGCGCCCUUGGCGAGGUCUGCGGAAGCGAACGCCACCGAACCUGCAGCUACCACCCGUGCGCCAACGGCAUGGUUGAACGCCUCCACAGGCAACUCAAGUCAGCUCUCAUGUGCCACGAGGGCACAUCCUGGAUCGCAGCCCUCCCUCUCGUCCUGCUUGGGAUCCGCAGCGCCUUCCGCCCAGACCUUAACGCAUCGUCCGCGGAACUAGUCUACGGCCAACCCCUGCGCCUACCAGGCGAAAUGAUCGCCCCAUCCAACUCGCCCGAGCGUUACGAAGACGUCAGCGACCUCGUCGUUCGACUGCGAAGGAAAAUGGCCGAGCUGCGCCCAGUUCCCGGAUCCAGCCACGCCAAACCACACCAGUUCGUGUUCCAGGAUCUGGACUCCUGCAGCCACGUCUUUCUCCGGGACGACGCCGUGCGCAAGCGCCUCCAGCAGCCAUACACCGGCCCGCACCCGGUCGCUCAGCGCGACGACAAGACCGUCACCAUCCUGGUGAACAACGCAGAGCGCCGGGUGUCCAUCGACCGAGUAAAGCCUGCCUUCACCAUCCAAGACGAAGCUGUGCCAGGCCCGGAUCCAGCUAGCAAGCCUCCAUCGAGCUCAUCUCCGCCACCGCCCACUACAGUGGACUCCGCGGGGGGCUCCGAAUCAACCAGCAUCACACCCUCCAGCACUAGCACCCCUUCAGCCGACCAGGGAAGUGCCCUAGCCGUCAGAAGAGGCAACCGCCAGACCAACAACAACUCGACUCGGCCCACCUACACAACCCGUUACGGCCGCCGAGUCCGUUUCCGUCUUCCAUAA